AUGGACGAGCUAGAAGACCGGGCUUUGUGUAAUGGGGACAACCUUUCUUUGCCGUCAGCUGGGACAGAGUCAUGCCCUGCUUCAGCCACCCCGGCCCUGCCACCCUCGCUCCUGAGCACCCUAGACCCAACCCACCUGGGGCUCCCAGAGCAACUGGCCUCUGUCACUGUCCCCAUCCGCCUAGACACCCUGUCCUACCUCCUACACAGUGCCCUCCUGGGUACCUACAACCUCCAGCAGUCCUUACCCCCUUGCUCCUGCUCUGCCCAGCCAAGCCACACCUGGCCAGACACAGUCAGGAGGCCAUCCAGGAGAUCGGGCCAGGCCCGUGGAGGCUGGGAAGUUCGAUGCAGGCCUUCCCGGGGCUGGGACAGAGGCAGGGGCAGGGGCAGGGGCAGGGGCAGGGUCUGGGCAGAGUCACAAAGGGGCCCUGGAAGAGCGGAAGAGCGGGAGAGGAACGUGUCAGGGGAGCCUGGGGCUGGCCCCAGGAGCCCACCAGUGACACCACCAUCCCAGGAUGGGCAGAAGGAAGCUGGAGAACUAUCUGAAGACUGGGAAGCGGACUACUAG